AUGUACCCAUAUGAUCUUUACAAAGAUAAAUAUGGCAAACCUACUAAGAAGCCGUAUUUUAACUGUGCCCUGGAGUUAAUUGAGAGUGACAUACCACACUUGGCAAAAUAUUCCUUAGCUGAAAAGAUGACUGCUGUUCAGGCAGAUGUUGAAGAAAUACAGAAGCAUACAAGGAAGCGAGCUCUUGAGGAAGAAGCUAACUCUGAUUCCAGCAAAGAUAAUAAGAGACGUAGGGAUGUUUCUGAGAGCUCUGAGCACUCUGUACGUACCAAUUCCCAGAAGCAAAAGGCCCCUAAGAAGCCUGACAACAUGGACUCUCCAGAUAAAGGCAACAAUAAAGAAGCUGAUGUGUUGGAUGAAGCUGGUGACAGUUCACCAGACAAGAAGAAAAAGAAUAUGAAAUCAAGUAAGAAAAGAAAAAUGUCUAAGCCAAUGAAAAACACAUUUCGACCAAAAACUGCUUUUGGAGAGAAUCCAGCUAUUCAUUUUGAAAAAGCAAAGACCUUUGGACGCGUUAAUGAUGUACCUGCCACUGGCAGAGAAAAUACAAAGGGUAAAAACGAAAAGAAUACAGGACAGGUACAACAGAAGAAGACUGCUCCAAAGGGUGGUAAAAGCGAAACUAACAAAGAGAGACAGAAAAAUCAACCUAAGGGAAGAAAACUGAAAGUUAAUAAAAAGAAUGAGCAAAAUGAAGACAAUGCAUUACCAGAUAACGAUCCUGGGAUAGGCAAUAACUCUUCAGUAAAGGGUAGCAACAGGUUACGUGGACGGAAACGACGUACAACAGAGCAACAUGAUUUUACGAGUUUUGAAAGAGGUGUUUGCGAAGGUGAGAGGUUACCCACCGUGGCCAGCUGUAGUGACUGCUCUUGCCAAUGA